AUGCAGGCCCCGGCACGUCUCUCCACAACCACUAUCCACGAUCUGCCUUUCGCUGACGACCGCGCACUCAACAGCAAGACCGAAGAAGACUUGCAACGGAGCAUGGAUCUCUUCUCCGCCGGUUGCGCCCACUUCGAACUGAACAUUAGUAGGGGCAAGGCGGUGCUCAUGCGUCAUCAGUCAUCGACCACUAAAUACAAUGUCCCUCGCAUCCGCGUCAACGGCACAGAACUGAAGAUCGUUGAUACUUUCAACCACCUAGCCAGUACAAUGUCUUGCUGCAUCAGAGUCGGCGACGAAAAGAUUCUUCUAUUGUGA